GCAGAUGCACAAGGUGCUCCUUCAGACCUGCAGCAGCUCUCACAGACCACACAUGACCAGCCUCAGGAUGGCUCCAAAAGUAUCUCAGUGGAUAUAAACCUUUCUGCAGAGCCUGCCGGGUGGAUUGUACUGCUUUCUUCUCCAGCUGGAAAUCUGAGAGGCUAUUUUACGCACACGUGCGAGCGCUCAUCGCGAAUCACUGAAUGUCCGGAUUAAAAAACCUUGUGGAUCUUUUCAGGGGGUACGAGGCACAUGAAUUAGAUGGAUCUACGAGUCAAAUAGGCUUCCCUGGGAGUGGAAUAUUUUCUAGGCUACACUUGCAGCCCGCAUGGCUUUACCAAACUCACCGGGGUCUCCCGGAGCUGGGAAGCCCAAUCCCAGCGUGAUAGACCUGGGGACAAUCUUCGUUGACUCCGACAUCAUAUUUGGGUUUACAAGUCACCUGCUGAAGAGAAAAACAAAGGUGGAGGGAUGUCCGAGUGGAGAGUCUCCGGCAACCCCCAGGAAAAGACUUCACUCUGCGGAGGAGGCGCGAUGCAGCAGCCGGCCUCCUCCUGAGGGCGCCGGGUCCGUUUCCAUCUCCGAGUCGGAGGAGAAGGGAGGCUUUUGCCAACAAUGCCAGAAGAAAGUCUCCGAGUUGAAGAAGCAGGCCCUGGCUCUGGCUGACCAGAACUCACUGAAGGACCCCGGAUAUGCAACCUUCCUGUUCGAGCAGCUCCAAACACCUGGGAACCAUGAACCCGGCUGCUGUCAGGUUUGCUCCACGCCUCUUCACCAACUGAGGCAGGAGGCCUUGCAGAAACUUCAUACUCCCGUCGUCACCUUCAGCUCAGGCAUGGCAGCUCUGCCCACGACAUCCUUUAUACCACAGCCUUCUAGAUUCACCGUGUCGUCCUCCAGCGUCCAUGACAAACAGCUGUCAAAGAGCCAGGCUGCUACCCGCUCUGUGCUGCCGUUAGGGGAGAGACACAGAGUACCAGGCUGGUCUCAGAGCUCCUCCGCCUCAUCAGGGCCCAAGACCAGCGUCCAGGUGACCGUGGCAGGAGGGCAACUCACUGGAUCCCUGAGUACUGUCACCAUCCAGGCGCAGCAGUACCUCGAGGGCAUGUGGAGCAUCUCCAGAGUCAACAACUUCCUCCCUCAGCCUAAACCGGCCCAUGGUUUGAUGGGGGAUACAGGCAGGGAUGUCACAGCCUCGGAGGCCCCCGUCACCACCAUGGCCAACACCUCCAGCAGCAGCAGCAGCAGCAGCACCACCCUGACACCUAGCCGGCUGAGGAGCUCCGGCCAAGCGGGGCUCUCAGCGCCCGUCACCAGUACAUCCACCUCCCCCUCUCCUUCCUCAUCUGCAGCAGCCUCCUUCUUCAUUAGGGCAGCUCAGAAGCUGAAUUUAUCCUCCAAGCGGAAGAAACACCAGCCCUCACUGUUCCACCCGCAGGAGCCCUCCAUCUACCCGACCAACUUCAGUGGCAUCCUGCAGGUCUCACCACCCCCGGCCCCGCCAUGCCUUCUCCGAGCCGUGUCCAAAGUGAAAGAGAACCCAGGGAUGGGAAAGGUGAAAGUGAUGAUGCGUAUCUGUCCGUCUCUGGAGGCUGCAGACUCCUCAGAGUCUCAGUCCUUCUUGAAAGUCGACAGCAGGAAGAAGCAGCUGACCCUCUACGACCCUGCGUCCAGCCCACACUCCAGUUCGGGGCACAGGAGAUCCGCCACUGUCGCCGUCCCAAAGAUAUUUGCCUUCGAUGCUGUUUUUACCCAGGAUGCCUCGCAAGCUGAGGUGUGCUCAGGGACAGUAGCUGAGGUCAUCCAGUCUGUGGUGAAUGGUGCAGACGGUUGCAUCUUCUGCUUCGGCCAAGUCAAGCUCGGCAAGACGUACACCAUGAUUGGCAAAGACAGCUCCACUCAGAGCCUAGGCAUUGUGCCCUGUGCUAUUUCCUGGCUCUUCAAGCUCAUCAAUGAGCGCAAGGAGAAGACGGGCACGCGCUUCUCAGUCCGGGUGUCUGCGGUGGAAAUUUUUGGAAAAGAUGAGGAGCUGAAGGACUUGCUGUCUGAGGUGUCAACAGGCAGUCUGCAGGAAGGCCAGUCCCCGGGAAUCCACCUGAGAGAGGAUCCCAUCUGUGGCACUCAGCUCCAGAAUCAGAGCGAGCUUCGUGCCCCGACCGCUGACAAAGCCGCCUUCUUCCUGGAUGCAGCCAUCGCUGCACGCAGCACCAGCAGACCAAAUGCUGAUGAAGACGAGCGGCGCAACUCACACAUGCUGUUCACACUGCACAUUUACCAGUACCGCAUGGAGAAGAGCGGCAAAGGCGGAAUGUCAGGCGGACGGAGCAGGCUGCACCUCAUCGACUUGGGGAGCUGUGAGAAGGUCCUGAGUAAAAGCAGAGACGGAGGGGGAGGCUUGUGUCUCUCCCUGAACGCACUGGGAAACGUCAUAAUGGCUUUAGCAAAUGGAGCAAAGCAUGUCCCUUACAGGGACAGCAAGCUUACAAUGUUGUUGAGGGAGUCCCUUGGCAACAUAAACUGUAGAACCACGAUGAUCGCCCACAUCUCUGAUUCCCCGGCCAACUAUGCUGAUUCACUCACCACUAUCCAGCUGGCAUCACGCAUCCAUCGCAUGAGGAAGAAGAAAUCUAAGUAUGCAUCCAGUUCAUCUGGAGGGGAAAGUUCCUGUGAGGAAGGGAGGAUCCGCCGGCCGCCCCACCUCAGGCCAUUCCACCCUCGGACAGUAGCCCUGGACCCAGACCUGCCCUCCCUGCUCAGUGACCCAGACUACUCCUCCAGUAGUGAACAGUCUUGUGAUACUGUCAUUUACGUGGGGCCUGGGGGAGCUGCAAUCUCAGACAGGGAGCUUAGUGACAAUGAAGGCCCACCUGCCUUUGUUCCAAUCAUCCCCUCCCUGAACAAGAAGAAGUCUGCAAAAGAGGGCCCCCUGGACAGAGACCACUUCUUUAAAUGCAACACAUUUGCUGAGCUGCAGGAGAGGCUGGAGUGUAUAGAUGGCAGUGAAGAACCCACUGCUUUUGUUGGGGAGGGCAAGCGAUGCCAGGCUAGCCCCAAGACCGACAAAUCCAAGGAGAGCCAAGGCUCUGUUUCACCAAAGACUGUAGCAAAUAUUUCUUACAACCAAGAGGGCAUCUCACCCAAACAAUCUCCUAAGUCUGUCCCCACACCACCAUCCUGCAGUCCCAACACUAAAUCUAAAGUGGACAAUGCCAAGAGGCAAUGCAUACCUGGAGAAAGGGCAUCAUCAGAGAAUGUUCAAAAUACAUGCAGAACCAGCGCUGAUGGUGAGAAGGCUUUGGUUUCUGAAAGUCAGGCUAGUACAAACAAACUGGCAACUGCUGCAGCGUCAAGCUCUGAGCCUGUGGUGAGAGAGAAGGUCUACUUCAACAAGAAAGCCUUGCCAAAGCCGGCCCCGCCUCCUUCACAGCAGAGAGAAAAUGCAGAGAAUGAAGAAAGGUCUACCACCAGAAUGCCACCUGUGGGAAUGAGCCACCAAGCUGUGAAAAGAAGGGACCCUUGCACUUCCCCUUUGCUCAGAGCUCCGGUAGAAGUGUGUCAGGUGCGCUCUACCUUGAGGGAAAGAUGCCUGGAUCGAGACAUCCUUCGAGCUACCGUCACCCUGCAGCAGCCUGUGGAGUUGAAUGGAGAGGAUGAGCUGGUGUUCACUGUGGUGGAGGAGUUGUCUAUAGGCAGUAUUGUAGACAAGGGUCGGCCAUCAAGCAUUAUCAGCUUUAACAGUGACUGCUCCCUUCAGGCCCUGGCUUCUGGUUCCCGACCUGUCAGCAUCAUUAGCAGCAUCAAUGAUGAAUUUGAUGCCUACACAUCAGCCGUAGGAGGAUCAGAGGUGAACAUUGCGGUGGUCACACCCCUUCAGGAGGGCGCAAUGGAGUGUAUAGACAGCAGGGGUUCAUCUAUCAGCUCUUGGCUGAGCGAGGUUAGUGUCUGCACCUUGGAAAGUGAAGGGGCUCAUUCUACGGAUGUCUUCCUUCCACAGGCCAAACACAUGGGACCAGAGGCCACUUUUUACUUUGAUUCCCUGGACAUGUUUCAUUGUGUGUCCUCUCCAAGAGAAGCCAAGAACUCCUUGAAUGACAGUGGAUUUAGUUUUUCUGAGCUAGACAGUGAUAGUGCUGCCUCAAGCAAACUAUCAUUGACAAAGUGCCCCGCAUCCCCAGAAUCCGCAAAAGGUUCCCUCAGAUUCACAUCUAAAAUAACUAAAGCUCACUCACUCAGCUCCUCCCCACUUCCACAAGGCCCCUCCAUAGCCCACUCCAGUCUUCCAAGGAAGAUUAAACCUACCUCAUCCAUCUCCCAUAGUAGUAGCAGUAGCAGCAGCAGCAGCAGCAGAGAACCACCAAGGCCAGAAGGUAAGCAGGAGGAUCCUUGGCAGCGUGUUGACAACAACUCGGAACCUCAGUUUUUUGACUCUAGCAGCACCAGCAAAUUUCUCAGAAAUCCUCCCAGUGGCGUUCCUGCCUGCAAAGCAUCCAACAACUGCAACAGUGUACCUCGCCCACCCAAGGUGCAGGGGUCUACCUCAUCCCAGAGGGUGGUCGAUGGCUGUGAGAAGUCAGCCAGUAAGAAUCCACCCAGCAAGAUGCCUCAGCUGAGACGAGGUGCCACUACGCUGGGUACCGUACCAGUCAUCCAUUCCUCCACAGACUACAAGGGAACCCAAGACAUUGUUGCAUCUACCACAAGCCUUAAAUUCUCCUCUCUGGGGAAAAACAACAAGGCUAACUCACAGAAGGCGAGCAAUCUCCCUAAACCUGGCUGCACCUCGCCUCCUCCCCCUCCAGUGAGAAAGUCCAGUCUUGACCAUAAGACAAAGACCCUGCUGCCCCAAAGUGCCUUAAGGUCAGCAUAUGGGGAGGCAGGGAGGACCUCUGGAGCAAGGGCAGCGGUAUCAGAGGAUGAGCUUGAGGUACGUCACAGAAUAGACUCUGCCAGUUUCAAAACCUCCAGCCUCAACACAGCCAAAGUUACCUCCAGCCUGAAGGCCAAAGGGCCGAGAGGAGAGGCUGUGCAGCACUACGGCAGUCAGAUGUCACUGGAAAGGUGUGAAAGUCUGUCCUUAUCGGGUUCCAGAGCAGCGCUUAGCAGGGAGAAUAGUGGGGCAAGUCUGGGGAGCAGCAGUAGCAAAUCCAGCAAGUCCAUUCCGAGAUUUGGUAUUCCUAAUUCAUCCAGUUCUCCUAUAGCUACCUGUCCCUCUUCCCCAAGUGGAGGAAAUGUUAGCAAACCUGGCCAGGUAAAAGCUUCUGUAAAUCCCAGAGCUUUAGGAGCAGCUAAUGGCAGUAAGGCACGCUCACUGUCAGCCAACAGCUCCAAGGGUCUAAGCUCCUCCACAAAAUCUUUAGCUGCUCCUGUGACCAGAAACACCAAUGCCAACCUCCCUCCAUCAGGACGAACAUCUGCCCCUCGGUCCACUGCUGCCAUCACCAACAAGCCUGGAAGAGGAACAAUAAUGGGCACAAAGCAGGCCAUUAGGGCUGCAAACAGCCGUGUGAGCGAACUGGCAACGGGCAACAUAUCAGGCAAACACAUGAGAGGUUCAGGAGAUUCAGACAGCGGGAAUGACAGUGGGGUGAACGUGAGUGAUGACAAAUCCCCCAUAGCCAUGCUGCCUUCUCCGUACAGUAAAAUCACAGCGCCCAGGCGGCCUCAACGCUACAGCAGUGGCCACGGCAGUGACAACAGCAGUGUGCUGAGCGGAGAGCUGCCUCCAGCUAUGGGCCGCACAGCUCUGUUCUACCACAGCGGUGGCAGCAGCGGAUAUGAAAGCAUGAUCCGAGACAGUGAAGCCACAGGCAGUGCUUCCUCUGCCCACGACUCCAUGAGUGAGAGCGGCAUUUCAUCUUCAGGCAGAGCAAGGAGCUCCAAGUACCCCAAGAAGAGAGCAAAUGGCUUCCAGAGAAGACGGCUGAUCCCAGCACCCAUGCCAGACACCUCAUCCCUGGGGAAGAAGGUGGGCACAGCAGGCCAGUGGGUGGACUUGCCUCCCAUGUCAGGACAGCUGAAGGAACCCUUUGAGAUCAAGGUGUAUGAGAUCGAUGAUGUGGAACGGCUCCAAAGGCGGCGUCAGGAGGAAACCACAGAGCAACCAUUCCAAGACGUUGACAAAGGUCUGCUGUAUUUCAAUAGUAAGCUGAAGAUGCUGGAGAGAAGGCAACAGCAAGUGAAGGAUCUGAGGGUAAAGCACCAAGUGUUGUUGGAGGAGCUGGAAGACACCAAGGUGCGACUGAUGAUGGACCCCAGCAAGUGGACAGGAGAGUUUGAGGUGGACCAGAAUUUGGAUAAAGAGUCUCCAGAAUACCUGGAGGCCUUGGCGCAGGCCACGGAGGAGCUGGAGUUCUGUGUCAACCUGUGCAAGUCCCGUGUCAUGAUGGUGACCUGCUUUGACAUCAGCAUGUCGACGUCUGGCACUCAGGAGGGACUGCGUGAAGUCGAAGUCUGAGGACAAAAGAAAGUAGGCGCGGAAAAGGCAGAGGAAGUGAGAAGACAAAGGAAGUUGAAAUGUAGCAGUCAGUCUAGAAAUAUCACUGGAAUGAAGAACACGAGACAGAGGAGAGAUGAGAGUGGAUCUUUACAUGAGAACAGAGGGAAUUUUGACCACCUUGCUACAGUGCCUCGUUGUCCAGGACAUGGAGGAGAAAUGAAACGUGAGCACAAAUUCUGUUGCCUCUGUGGCAAGGCAGUGGCCAUCACUCACUCAAGAGUCAAUGAACAACACCUGGAAGUGCCUUUUUAUUGUUUUGUUUGUAGUCAUUAUUUUUCAUAUGGUGCAGGUAUCUUAAGCAUACCGACACAAACCCUGAACAUAUUGCUUUUAAGAAAAAUAUUUUAUAUUGCAUUGUAUAGUGUAUUUAAAUGAAUAUGUGGUGUGUACAAACAUCCUUUUACGGGAAAAAAUAAAGAAAAAAGAAAAAGCAAUAAGCUAAUGUUAUUGCGCUCCCAAACUUUGCCUUUUCUCUUGUUUCAAACCUCAGUCAGCAUUUUAUCCAUGUUCAUUCAGCCUCUUGCGCCUUAUGUUAACUCUCUGGUUCUGUAGUUUUCUAGAUUUUCAAACUGGACUCUGUUAUUUCAUCAAGGACUGCAUUUGCUGUUAUCACUCAUCUCCUGCCAGCUGGCCUGUGAAAGCUUGCAGGGUAGAGUGAAUGUUUUUUCCCUCCAGUUGCCUUGAUCAAAAUGGGUCUCAGUGGAUGCACUAAGGUAGAGCAGCAGUUAUGUUGGGGACGAAGAGCUCAUUCAAGCUGUGCUCGCCCGUGUUUAUCUCACUGAAAAUGAGAGAUUAAGCCAAAACAUAUCAAUCAGAGGGGCACUGUGAUGGACAGUGUGCGAUUAUUCUUGAUUCAGCCAUUCUCUCUGGUGCCUCAGUAUGUGCUCAUGCAACCCUGAGAGACUUAACCUCCCCGACACUCGCCUACAAUGAUAGUAUGAUGAACGGUUACACUGAUGGCGAUGCUCAUCAGUGAGCCCAGUUUUUCUCCAAAUGUGCUUGGACUGGUGGCUUUCAGAUACUGUAAAACAAAGGGGCGCAGAUGAGACAGCACAAGUCUGCCAGCCUCUAAAUACAGUACUUUUUCCAAGCACAACCAAGCCUCGGCUCUAUGCAUUCCGCUACAUUUACUGCAAAACCUCAAUACAGACUUAAGGGCACACAGUCUGGCCUCUUUAGUCCCCUACUCUUUUUUUAAAUGGGCAAAUUAACGGCACAGAUUUCGUGUAUCAAAGAAAGGCUACAGAAUUGUUAGUUUUUCCAUGAAAGGAUGCAGUGAAUGAGAGCAAACGAUUGUGGCAUUGUUCAGCAGAAUCAAUCAUGAUAUCAGCUCUUUGUAGCUACAGAAUGUGCUUAUGAAUCAAACGGCUGACACAGAGAGAACAAAGAUGAUCGGUGAAAAUGAUUAAGGAAAACAAACUGGCUUUGAUGUAUCUUGGUGUGUUCGAUUUCUAUAUCUAUGACAAUUAUGACUUUGUUUUCUUUCUUUUACAAAGAUGGACUCUCUCAGGCCCUCUCUGAAGAUGCUGCAUGAGAUUUUUUAAUCAUUUUUAAGGAUGAUUUGUACUCCAUUUUUACCAUUCUAAUUUUUUACAAUAAUUUCAGUUUUCACUAAGGUGGGGUUAGGUUCAUAAAUUAAAUAACUAUUACCAAACCAAGACCUUUUUCCAAGAAAUUAUUAUAUGUAAGGUCAUAUUUCAUAUCAAACCCCAUAUUUUCUAAUAUCUUUGUUUUUGUAUAGGAUUUUCAAACCCUGUGUAUAAAUGUAUUAUAUGGCAGCUUGUGUUUUACUUUUACAGUACCUGUGAAUAAAAUGUUUCUUCUUACUGGUGA